GUCCGGUUUUACUCCAUUAUACAUAACCUCUAAUCGACUCGAGCCGCAUAGCCGCUGAUAGCCGCUAUUGACUGUUGACAGCUGUGGACAACUUGGUUAGUCGCUGUCAUUCGAACAGCUGGUGAGAUAAUUCGAGGGAAUUUGAGGUGUGCCACGUGUGUGCGCGGUGCGCACAGUGUAGACCCUCGUAACGCCGAAACUGCCGAAAGUAAAAUAGAAGAAAUAUGGUACUCGACUUGGAUUUUUUCCGUAAGGAUAAGGGUUUUGAUCCAGAAAGAAUCCGGGAGAACCAGCGGAAGCGUUUCAAGGAUGUGAAACUAGUAGAUACCGUAAUCGAGAAGGACAAGCAAUGGCGGCAAUUGCGUCAUCGCGCUGACAAUUUCAACAAGCUGAAAAAUCUGUGCAGCAAGGAGAUCGGUGAGAAGAUGAAGAAGAAGGAGCCGCUUGGCGACGACGGUACUGUGCCCCAGGUGAUCGCCAAUGAUUUGGACAACUUAACCUCAGAGAACCUGAAAGUGUUGACGGUGACACAGAUCAAAGGAAUACGUACCCUCAUCGAUGUUGCCAUACAGAAAAACGAUGAGAACCUGAAGACUAUCGAAUUCGAUAGGAAUGCUGCACUCAGGGAAGUGGGAAAUCAUUUGCAUGAAUCUGUGCCUGUUAGCGACGACGAAGAAGAAAACAAAGUGGAGAGAACGUGGGGAGAGUGCACCGAGAGAAAAAAGUACUCUCAUGUCGACCUCAUCCAUAUGAUCGAUGGAAUGGAUGGAGAACGUGGAACAGGUGUGUCCGGUGGACGAGGCUAUUUUCUCACUGGCCCAGCGGUGUUUCUCCAACAAGCCCUAAUACAAUUGGCAUUGAGCGAGUUACACAAGAAAGGCUACAAACCUCUUUACGCUCCAUUUAUCAUGCGGAAAGACGCGAUGCAAGAAGUAGCGCAGUUAUCUCAAUUCGACGAGGAAUUAUACAAGGUGAUUGGUAAAGGUAGCGAACGUAAUGAGGACAAAGAAAUGGAAGAGAAAUACCUUAUUGCUACCUCCGAGCAGCCAAUAGCAGCUUUUCAUAGAGGCGAAUGGAUAGCCGAAAGUGCUUUACCAAUAAAAUAUGCCGGAAUCUCUACUUGCUUUAGACAAGAAGUUGGCUCUCAUGGACGAGAUACUAGGGGUAUUUUUAGAGUGCAUCAGUUUGAAAAGAUAGAGCAAUUUUGCCUUACGUCGCCACACGAUAACAAAUCCUGGGAGAUGAUGGAAGAAAUGAUUUCCAAUGCGGAGAAAUUUUAUCAAACCUUGGGCAUUCCUUAUCGUAUAGUUAAUAUUGUAUCCGGUGCAUUAAAUCAUGCAGCUUCCAAGAAGUUAGAUUUGGAGGCCUGGUUUCCUGGCUCGGGUGCAUUUCGCGAACUCGUGUCAUGUAGCAAUUGCUUGGAUUAUCAAGCGAGAAGAUUGCUAGUCAGAUACGGUCAAACGAAGAAAAUGAACACUACGACGGACUACGUUCACAUGCUGAACGCGACAAUGUGCGCUGUGACGCGUGUAAUUUGCGCAAUUUUAGAAGUACAUCAAACGGAAACUUGCAUCAAGAUACCAAAAGUUCUUGCGGAUUACAUGCCUUCCGAAUACAAAAGUGAAAUUCCAUUUGUGAAAGCUGCGCCGAUCGACGAGAUUGAAACGAAGAAACAGAAAAAGCAAAAGGAAACCGUCUAAGUAGCAUAUAGUUACGUGAAUAUGGUGAAAUAAAGCAAGUGGAUUAUAGAUUUUAUUUAUUGCAUUUUUUUUUAAUAUUCCAUAUUACGAUCUAAUUGAAUCGCGCAGAGCUGUGUGAUAGCUGUGUUACAAUAGCUUUUUAAGAAAAUACACAUACGAAUGUAUUUUUGGCUCCUCAAUACCCACAACUUUUUACGUAUCUCACAACAAUACUUAUUUCUUUGACUCGAAAAUUAAAAACUUCUUGACUCGCAAGAUAAAAUUUCAUCUGGCCACUUUUAUGUACAAAGACAAAAAUUGUGUGCGUGCGUGUGUAUGUAACAUCCUCAAAUAUUGAAAUUUAAAUAUUUCAAUGAGAAAUUUAUUAACUUUAUUACUCAAGAAGGCAUGUAUCCGUUCAACGAUCAUGUUAAGCUUAGAACAAUCGGCGAUUGUCAACACAGAUUACAACAUUUUAUUUGAUAACACUUGUUCAAUAUUUUUAUAAUCAGACAUCGGUAUAUAAUAUAUAUGAUUUUGUAAUAUACAUUUGAUGAAGAAUAUUUUUCAUAUAUAAUAUUCCAUAUUUAUCUACUUCCUGAAAACUCGUAAUAUCUCCGUAAUGUGCUACGAAUCCUUUUUAUUUUUACAAUUAUCAGUAUCAUUAAUACUAAUGUACAUACAAGAGGCCAUUAAAAUGUUUCCCCCAGAAAAAUGUACUUCAGUGUGUGUGUGUGUACAAUACACACACCACACACACACACACACACACUGAAAUAUAUCAUGAAAAGAAAAGAAACUUUACAGCGCUUCGCCAACAAGCUUAUGGUCUUUCUACGACGAUUAUAUGUAUUUACCGGAAGAAAAGCACAUGCCGAUCUCCAUUCGUAAAAAAAACUGUUAUGUAUGCUAAUAAUCGGUGUAAUAUUUUGGCCAGGCAUAAGAUAAUCUACCAUACUGCUCUUUUCACCUUAUAAAAUAUAGACUUUACAUUAUUACGAGUAAAUUUUCAUAUAAUACAUUUCUCAUACAGUAAACCAUCAUCGCAGCAACAUGCCUCGCCGCGAAAUAAUGUUAAAAUUUUUUAAAAUUCCAUAUUGUUAUUAUUCGUAGUCAUAGCACUACGAUUUAUCAUUUAUUACUGAGCAGAGUAAUUUAACUUCGAUAAAACUGCAGGAUGCGAGAUAUGGAAAUGUUCGGCGGAAAGAUCGAAGAAGUGUAAUUACUUAUGAUUGAGUUUCAACAUUCACUAUCAGUAUUGAAAAUCUGUAGCACACGUCACACGUGUAUUAAAGAUUAUCAGUACUGACACUAAAUAUCGGAACGCGGUCAUUACGAUCGACUAAAGGAAUCGUUAUGUGAUGCACGAUCAAAUGUAUCUUUUAAUAGAAAAUGAUGGCAUCGAGUUCUCAAACAUUUCCAAGCUUUCAUAGAUGACAAAUUUAGCCAACUUGUAUAAACCGAAAAAAAAUGAGACGCGCACGCUUAAUUUUAUAUCAAUAUAUGUAUAAUAACAAACUGAAAAUAUUGAUUUUGCAUAAUUGGGGGGGGGGGGAGAAUUCCGAUAACGUAAAGAAUGUCACAAGUGCCGUUCGAAUAAUUUCUUUCUGAUCUCACAUUCUUACUCUAAUCUCUCAGUCGUUUAGAAAAAGUAAACGCAUUUUUAAGUCGAAACAGUCGUGUAUAUAUAUAUAUAUAUGUGUGUGUGUGUGUGUGUGUGUGUGUGUAUUUGUGUACCUCGUAAUUUGGUCCAACAACUGGUACUCGUUUUAAGGGCGUCAGUGUUAAAAUCUGCCAAUCGCUGUCGGCUUCAUCCGCAAAACACACUCAGUUUCGCAUUCAGCCCAUGACGCGUUGAAACGAUGAGUUGUGAGACAUUGAUAUAGAUAUAGGCACAAUGGGAAAAUCAGUAAAUAAACAACUUAUGGUACAAUACACAAGUGUAAAAAAAA